CCUACCCCCCACCCCGCCCCACCCUCCUUCUAUCUCCAUCUUCAUUUGCAUGCAUUUGCAUGCAAAUUCAACAUCCUUAAUUUUUUUGUGUAUUCUUCCUCCUUUUUUUUUCCGAGUAAUUUUUCCUCAUCCAUUGCUGGUUACCCUAUAAACGGAUACUAGCAAUGGAUCAGGCCGAACCACCACAACCACAACCAUCAUCAACACCAAGAACGAGCGUAUCAUCAUCGUCUUCUUCUUCAAUACCGGCUCCAACAACAACAACAACUCCGCCAUCAUCCCUUCUUGAACCGGUUAACUCAACCAAGAAAAAAAACCGGACUAGGGUUUUUCGAGUUUUUCGUAAUGUUUUUCGAUCGUUCCCGAUUAUAACACCGGCAUGCAGACUCCCUUCCCUACCCGGUGGUCGCUUACCGGAUAGUAACAGCCGGAUAAUAGCCGGUUCAAGAAUCACCGGAACGUUGUUCGGAUAUCGAAAAGGACGUGUUAGUCUUUCCAUUCAAGAAAACCCUAGGAAUUUUCCUACCGUUGUUGUUGAACUUGCUUUGCAAACAAAUGUUUUGCAAAAGGAAAUGAAUCUAGGCAUGGUAAGGAUUGCAUUAGAAUGUGAGAAAAGGGAUAAAAGGGAGAAGAUAAAUCUUCUUGAAGAACCAUUAUGGACCAUGUAUUGUAAUGGUAAAAAAAAUGGUUAUGGUGUUAAAAGAGAAGCCACAGAAGAAGAUCUUAGUGUGAUGGAGAUUCUUAAGCCGGUGUCGAUGGGCGCCGGAGUUUUGCCCGGAAAAUCUGACGUGGAAGGGCCGGACGGUGAGAUGACAUACAUGAGGGCACAUUUUGAACGUGUGGUUAAAUCAAAGGAUGCUGAAACCCUAUAUAUGUUGAGCCCAGAUGCAAAUGAUGGACCUGAAUUGAGUAUUUUCUUUGUAAGAAUAUAAUUGAUUAAUCAUAAAAUUAUACAAUGAUAUUUGGGUCUUUUUAUUGGUAUUAUUAUUACUAAUUAGUUGGAUGGAUCCCUCUAAUAUAUUAUUAGGGAGGGAAAUUUAAUGUAGAGUUUAACUUAUAUAUACAUAUUGUUUGUGUAAUUUUUUAUACAAUCAAGUCAUUUGGGGCAGUGGACGGAACAGAGAUGUAUGUUUGCUUAUAAUCAGAGGCGAAUCUAGCAUUUCAAGAAGAUCUGUGCACCAUUAUCAGGGUCCUAGGUGUAGGGGUUAGGAAAAUUAAACUCUUUUUAAUAAAAGUUAAAAUCUUAUGUGUA